AGCAGUGUCGGCUAAAGAAGUUCACAGCUUCGAGGCAUAGUCCAGACAUGGACGUUGCCCUUUUCGCCCAAGAUGUUGAUCAGCUCUCACAGCUGCUGGGUGAGUGUCACCUCCAUGAAGAGAGGGAUGCUCUCGCGCAAGUGAUGAUGCCGAUUGCUAGCUAUGCUGGACAGCUGGCCUCAGGCCUGCAGUCGCCCUACGCCUCCACAGCGGCGGCAAGUGGGCUUUAUGCCGAUGAGCUCCUGAGGCGGCUUCAAGGAUGCCAAUCCUUGGACGAGGGUCGCGCUACCUGUGCUGAAAUGAUGACUGCAUUCCAUCAAGAGCAUAGUCAGCAGCUGCUGCGGCCACGUGUGCCAGCAAAAGCAGUUCCCGCGCAAGAAGCACAGGAAGUGCAAGCUGCAGGUGUGAAUGAGCUACUGGCCCGACUGCAAUCUCUGCAAGGUGCAAACAGAGUAAUUGUGCGCGCGCUGCGCAUCAUGUCGGAGCGCCUGCGAGAACAAGGACAGCGCAGUCGCCAAGCGGAAGAAACAGUUGAACAGUUGAAGUCCGAGCUGCAGGCGCAAAGCGAACAGCUCCGAGCCUCCGAGAGGGCGAAGGCCCUCUUGCAGUCGCGUGUGGAAGUGCUCCUGCGCGAGGACUUCCAAAUGCCCCAGGGGUGUGGAAGACCAUGCAGCUAGUGAAAGCCAUUGGCACUCAGAUGUGGGUCAUGUUGAGUUGAGAUCUAUAUAUAUAUAUAUAUUCAAGCUUUAGAAUUGUUGCCAUUUGCACGUUUUCAUUGAUAUAUCAUGACCUGCAUGUUGACUCGCUUUCUUGCAUGAUUCGGACAAUGCGUACGUACACUCGACUUAAAUCAAUCUAGCUUGGGCUUGGUUGGUGCUGAACAAC